AUGAAACGAAUAAUUUUCAUAACAUUUGCAUAUUUAUUAUGGUCUGUCGUUGGCAGUGAAAUCGACUGUGAUCAGGCGGAAAAUGUGAAUGAGGAUCACAUACAUUAUUGCUGCAAACAUCCUGAUGGCCAAAAUGAGAUCGUUGAGAACUGCGCCAAGGAAACAGGCUUUAAGCUGAAAAAUGCACUGGAAAAAAAUAUAUUAGACAUCAACGCAGAUCGCGCCAUGUCUGCCUCCUGUUUUUCCGACUGUAUUCUCAAUAAAUUAAAGUUCCUAAAGGAUCAUAAAUUGAACAUGUUGGCUGUAAAGCAACACUUUGAAACGGAGUACAGCAAUGAUCCUGAAUAUGGCAGGGAAAUGAUCAGUGCCUUUGAUCAUUGUCACGGCAAAACUCAGGAAAAUACUUCGAAUUUCUUGCAUAAACACAUGCACCAUCAUUGCAAUACCAGCUCGAGUGUCAUUUUGGGCUGUGUUGUCAAGCAAUUCUUUCACAAUUGUCCAACUAAUCGUUGGUCCAUAACCCAAGAAUGCCAGGAUGCUUGGGAAUUCAGCAAGCACUGUUCUGAUGUCUUUGCCUCCCUUUAG